UACGUGUAGCUAUGAGCUUGGAGAAGCAAUGGCGCCCGCUGCUUUGGUGAAGCGGAGUGUCUCGUUCGAUCUCCUCAGCCGCGAUGUUGCCGGCGACGAGGAUGAUCGAGUGGCGCCGCCCAGGAACGAGCUCGUGGCGGAGAAGAAUUCCCGGAGGCGGCGGCGCCGGAGCAAAAAGGGAACGCUCAAGCAGAGUUUCAGCCUCAGCCCUGGAUCCAGCGCCGAUCUCGCGGGAUUUGCCGAUCUGGUAGCGCAGGUCCGCAAAGAGGUACCAAAAUUUCCCACAGCGGUGAAUGGGAUAAUCCAGCAGAAUGGAGCGGAGGAAAAACGUGCUGUUCAUGCGGUACAGGAAAAUGGAGAUGGUCCUGUUCUUCAAGAGAAUGGAACCUCCUCUUUGGUGGCGCAUCCCUCUCCUCAAGCUGUCAGUAACGCAGACACCAAAGUUUUCGAUCGCUUCGAGGCCGAGAAGCCUGCGAAGCAAGUCGACAUUGGCGAAUCCUGGCAAGCUCGCGGCUUUUUUCACGGGUUGCUUGAAGGAAGCUCUUUGGAGGCAACGGUACGAGCUGGAAAUCAGAAAAGUCAGGAUUGCGUCUACAAUACUCUGGUGCACGUCCCCUGGCGAUGCGAACUGCUCAUCCUCGUUGGUUUUUUCGCCUGCCUAGACUCCUUUCUUUCGCUUCUGGUUGCGACACCGGUCCGCGUUGUAAUAGCUCUUUGGAGGCGUCUGAGAGAGCGACGAGCAUUGCAAGCCCGUGACUUGUCCGAUUUCGGUUGCUUACUUGUCUUGGUUCUCGGGGUUCUUUUUCUUCAGCAAGCAGAUAUCAGCUAUAUCUAUCACUCGAUUCGAUUUGAGCCGAAUAUAAAACUCUAUGUCAUUUACAACAUGCUGGAGGUCUUCGACAAACUCUUCCAGUCAUUUGGCGUGGAUGUGCUACAGGUUCUGUAUUUCUCAGCGAUGAAUUACGUUUCAAAUGCUGCAGGUUUACAAACUUUUGCUCUCAACUGGCUCAUAGCAGUGGGCUGCUUCACAGUCCACUCGUUUAUAAUUUUGUUCGAAGCGAUCAGUCUCUCCGCGGCGCUCCAUUACGCCGCAACAAACAGGUCGCUGCUUGUGCUGCUAAUGUCCAACAAUUUCGCAGAGAUCAAGAGUACCGUUUUCAAGCGGUUUAACAAGCAGAAUAUGCAUGAUCUGGCUCACACUGACACAGUGGAGCGCUUUCAUCUUCUGACUUGCCUCUUUUUCGCGUUUGCGCAAAACAUCAUUCUUGUGGAAGGGCCAUGGAUGCAAUUAUUUUUCUACCACGCGGCGAUGGUAAUGUUUUGCGAAUCCUUUGUGGACCUUAUCAAGCAUUCCUUUCUAGCGAAGGUGAACCAAGUCAUGCCCGCAGCCUACACGGAGUUCCUGGAGAUGCUGUGCGAACAGAUUGCAAGCAGCCGCAAGGACUCCUCCAGGAGCAAAGCUCUCAGAUUCAUACCUCUCGGCCCCGCCUGUGUGGUUAUCAAAGUCAUACUUCCUCUGUAUGCUUCGUACAUCUCGACAAAGUCCGCUUGGAGUUCCCUGCUAAGAUUUGGACUCGUUGCCGGUGGAACUUUCGCAAUUUUGGUAGCGUUAAAGAUCGUCGUGCGUUGGUCACUCAACAAGUAUGCUGCGUGGUAUCUCAAGCGUUGCCACAUGGAGUAAAGCGUAUGUACCAUUUCAAACGGAGUUAGUUAGCUAUAGCGAAUAUAGUAACUGCGGGCGCGAAUAUCUGACGGCUACAGUGCCAGAUAUAGAAUGGAAUCCCUGACCGUCGAUUGCUGGGCUAUGGUUGAACGUUAUAAUCGUACGAAAAUGUGGUGGACC